UUGCCCCCUCUACUAUAGAGUCUCACAUAGUCGAUAGUUUCUAUAAGCAGAUUUUAGAUCUGUGUUGCAGAGUGGAGUUCAACGGCGAUGGAAGAGGGAAAAAUCAAACUCGCCGGUCAAAAUUCUUUAAUGAACUCCGGCAUUUCCUUACGUCCUCACCGGUGUUUCGAAUAUCGGCGCCCUUUUCACAUAGUAAGCCAGUUAUUACGAUCCCAUUUCUUGGCAACUUCCUAAUAAGAAUACAAGAGUAACCACUUGUGUUGUAGAUGUCAUCAAACACAUUUAUAAUACUGGCAAAGGUUUCAUUUGUAGACGAAUAAGAUCCGUUUUUCGCUUUUGUAUCGGUUUGUUAGAUACAUAAAUCUUGUUUAUCAACCGAAAGAUUUUAAUCUUGAUUGUUUGCAAUGGGGAGGAACAAUGAAGAGCCAAGAAUGAUUCAAACUAGACCAAAGGGUGGAGUGGAGCGCGAUAUGGUGAAAUCCCUUUUCAAGGUAACGGAAACCGCAAGACCAAACAGUAUGAUCAUUAAGAAAGCACAUAGAGUCAUACCUGCACAUAUCAUAGCCGAAGCCAUAUCAAAUCUUCAUGGCGUAGACCUUAGAUGGUCGGGACCCAUUACACCUGCGGAAAUGCAAUAUGUGGAACAGUACGUUGUCGCUAAGUAUCCCGAAUAUUCAAAUGCGCUCGUUGAAGGAAAAGACAAACCUGACCUUUAUGAGCUUUGUGUGAAAGAAGAACCUUCACAGCCUUCUCCAGAAGACAAGCGGAAAUCGCCACGAGGGGUAUUUAGGGAAACGCCAGGAAGUAACUUUCACGAUGUUGUAAGAAUCCAACUUGAGCCAUCAAGAUUACUCGAUAUCCUCACUAAAAAGUCAUCAUAUAUUGGAAGUUUUAUUUCAAUACCCGAAAUUCAAGCAAGAAACAAAGUUUUAAAGCAUUGUGGAUUACCCGACGAUGAGUAUCUUGUUUUAUUCACAUCGAGCUAUAGGGACGCCAUGAUGUUGGUUGGUGAAAGCUACCCGUUUUUCAGGGGGAAUUUCUACAUGACGGUCAUGAACGAAGAACGCGACUACAUAAGAGAGUUUGCAGGCUACAAAGACUCGAAGGUAGUUUCAGCACCCGAGACGUGGUUAGAUCUAAGGAUCAAAGGUUCGCAACUGAGUCAGUAUUUCAGAAGGAAAAGCAAGCAUAGCCCGAAAGGCUUGUUUUGUUACCCCGCGAAAGUAAAUGGGACCCACUACUCUAUGCAUUGGGUCUCGGAAGCACAUAGAAACUCGUGGCAUGUUUUGCUUGACGCAACGGCUAUGGUUAUGGGGGAAGAUCGGCUUAACUUAGCACUCCAUAGGCCGGAUUUCGUGCUAUGCAGUCCUGAUGACACGACCACUCGUUCUUCAAAGAUUACUUGCUUACUUGUUAGGAGGAAAUCAUUUGAAACGACAUCAUAAGAACACUAUAGAUGUUUACUGUUGUUGACAGCUUUGUGCCGUAAACGUAGAAGUGUUCUAACUUGUUUGAGCUUGGCUUAACAAUAGCUGUUUCAUUGGUUUUAGCAUGUAAAAUAGUUUGCUGAAUAUAAUAAAAGGUAUCAAAAUUGUAACCCAGAA